AUGCCGCACCAUGAAAAUGCUAUGGAAGGACCUGGAGAUGCCGGAUACCUAGAUACAUUCCCAGUAUUGUCCAAGGCCAACUAUCCAUUGUGGGCAAUGCAGAUGCAACUCCACUUGGAGGCUGAUAGUCUGUCGGAAGCUAUUGAGUCAGAGACAGUAGUAAGAAAAAAGGAGCGAUGAGCCCUGUCAGUGAUCUCUAAAAAUCUAUGAAGAGAAGCUCAAGACUCGUCAGUAGAGAAAAGAAGUCCUCUUUUCACAUGGUACUGAGAAAACAAGAGGAGAAGGCUCUCGAGACAGAGGACAUAGACGAGGUAGAGGAUGCAAUCGAGGCAGAGGAAGAGGCAAUGACAGAAGUGCUGAUGAGAACUAGAAACCUCGAAACAAAUAUAAGGUAA